AUGGGUCUUUUCGAAACGUCUUUGUCCGGAUAUUCAAUUACUGAAAAUACUCCUUUUAUCAUCUUGCAUACUGACAAAACCUUCCAUAAAGUCUCGCCUUUUCUCAUUCAGAAACUUAUUGCCUCAACCAUUGGAGAAGUCAAAGAUACUAAGAAACUUAAAUCUGGAGAUUUAUUGAUUGAAGCAGCCACAAAAUCACAAAUAUCUCUUCCGAAAACUAUUCUUGCUGGCUAUGCACGAUAUAAGGUUCGCCCUUAUAUUCCUACACCUUUACGAUGUUUUAACUGUCAGAGGUUCGGCCAUUCUAAAAACGCUUGUCUAGGUAAACAAACUUGUUCCCGCUGUGCAUCAUUCGGACAUUCCAGUACAGAAUGUAAUGCAGAUCCCAAAUGUAUCAAUUGUGAUAAAACCCAUACCGCAGAUUCCAAGGAAUCAGCUUCAUUACCAUACUCACAAGUAGUCAAAAACACCAUUUCUGGUUGUACUCAGACAGAUGAUAAAUUAACUCGAGUUGUUUGUCCUCCACUUACAAAGUUACAACCUUUAACAACUAAUAAAUCACAGUCAGAUAAUCCGUGUACUCUCGUUAUUGCUCAGAACCUUCCUUCACGAACUUCUAAGGAUCUUAAGAAAAAAGGAAAAUCAAAAUAUGAAGUGAGAACUGAAAAAACGGAAAGUAAAAUAUCUCCAGUUUGUAAGGGAACGAACCCUUCGAAACGUACAUUUGAUCCAGCAUUUGGUAGAACUGGUGUUCCUCAGCCAACUGGUCAUGAACUCUCUAAUCUUAGCUCUUCGCAGACCAUAAAUUCCAAAUCAGCUGAUAAAAUUGAUGAAACCAAUUCUGAGCUUGAAACUAUGUCCACAGAUAAGCACAGCCAAAAUACUGACACCGAAAUAGAAUCGGAUAAUGCUAUUGAGUACAACCCUCACGAAACAAUUGAUGAAACCCCACCUGCCCCGGAACUUUCUACCGAUUUCACCGCAGUUGAUAAAACUGUUUUUAGACAAAGUCCCCAAAAAUGCUCAGUAUAG